CCACGCGGUGAGGCCGCGGGCGGGACGCGAGCUGCGGCGCUGGCAGCUGGAGUAACCUGGUCGGUGUAGGUACAUUUCGUGGCGAUGGCUUCUUUCGUGACGGAAGUCCUGGCUCACUCGGGGAGCUUGGAGAAGGAGGAUCUCGGCACUCGAAUCAGCCGCCUGACCCGGCGGGUGGAGGAGAUCAAGGGUGAGGUGUGCAAUAUGAUCAGCAAGAAGUACAGUGAAUUCCUGCCUACCAUGCAGAGUGCACAGGACCUGGUUACCCAGGUGGACAAGCUAUCUAAUGACAUCGACCAGCUGAAAUCCAGGAUAGAGAGUGAGGUCCGUCGAGAUCUUCACAUAUCGACUGCUGAAUUUACAAGCUUGAAGCAGCAGCUGGAGAGAGACUCUGUAGUCCUGGAUUUGCUCAAACAACUGCAAGAGUUUUCUUCUGCUAUUGAAGAGUAUAAUAGUGCAUUAGCAAAGAAGAAAUACAUCCCUGCUGCUCAGCACCUGGAGGAGGCACAGGAAUGCUUGAAGUUAUUAAAAUCCAGAAAAUGCUUUGACUUGAAAAUGUUGAAGUCUCUCAGCAUGGAGCUUACUGUCCAGAAGCAGAACAUCCUUUACCACCUCGGAGAAGAGUGGCAGAAGCUGAUUGUAUGGAAGUUUCCGCCGUCAAAAGAUACCAGCAGCUUAGAAUCUUGCCUACAAACAGAGCUUCAUUUCUGCACUGAACAGCCCCAGAAGGAGGAGGUGGCCCCUCUGCCAUCCAUCAGCUCUGUCCUCUUGGCAUUUUCCAUUCUUGGAGAAUUACCCACCAAGCUGAAAUCAUUUGGUCAGAUGCUGCUGAAGUAUAUGCUUAAACCUCUGGUGACUUGCCCAUCACUCCAUGCUGUGAUUGAAAAGCAGCCGGAUUCAGUUACCAUUCGCUUUCAGUCUCUGACGACAGACUUGGAGCAUCCAUCACCACCUGAAGCUUUUGCAAAGAUUCGAUUAGUCCUGGAAGAGCUCCAGAAACAGCUUCUAGAUUUGCCUCUUGACACAGACCUAGAAAAUGGAAAAGCCCCUGAGAUCCUGUUGGCUGAGAUGCUUGGUGAUGUGAUCUGGGAGGACCUGUCUGAGUGCCUCAUCAGAAACUGCUUGGUUUAUUCGAUUCCCACAAAUAGCAGCAAGCUACAGCAAUACGAGGAGAUCAUACAGUCCACUGAAGAAUUUGAGAAGUCCCUGAAGGAGAUGAGAUUUUUAAAAGGCGAUACUACCGACUUGCUGAAAUAUGCUCGGAAUAUCAAUUCUCAUUUUGCUAAUAAGAAGUGCCAGGAUGUGAUUGUGGCAGCUAGAAACCUAAUGACCUCUGAAAUUCACAACACUGUGAAGAUCACCCCUGAUUCUAAGGAAGCUAUACCAGACUUACCCAGCCCUGAUGUGGAUAACAAGCUACAGGUGCAGAAGGUGUGCAAAAUGCAGUUCAGCGACACUGGGAACCUGGAGCCUGAAACGUCACUGGACCCACAUUCCUUUUCUUUACCCACGUGCCGCAUCAGCGAGUCUGUGAAGAAGUUAAUGGAGCUUGCCUAUCAGACUUUACUAGAGGCAACGACAAGUAGUGAUCAAUGUGCCGUUCAGCUUUUCUACUCAGUGAGGAAUAUCUUCCAUUUGUUCCAUGACGUGGUGCCAACAUACCACAAGGAGAACCUUCAGAAGCUCCCCCAGCUGGCUGCCAUUCACCAUAACAACUGCAUGUACAUUGCUCAUCACUUGCUGACCCUGGGCCAUCAGUUCAGAGUGCGUCUCGCCCCCAUUCUUUGCGAUGGCACGACUACCUUUGUGGACCUUGUCCCUGGCUUCAGAAGACUUGGCACAGAGUGUUUUUUGGCCCAAAUGCGGGCACAAAAAGGAGAACUUCUGGAAAGAUUAUCAAGUGCUAGGAGCUUUUCCAACAUGGAUGACGAAGAGAAUUAUUCUGCAGCAAGCAAAGCAGUGAGGCAGAUACUGCACCAGCUAAAGAGACUUGGAAUUGUGUGGCAGGAUGUCCUGCCGGUGAAUAUAUAUUGCAAGGCUAUGGGGACCUUGCUAAACACCGCGAUUGCUGAGAUGAUUAGCAGAAUCACUGCUCUGGAGGACAUCUCAACUGAAGAUGGUGAUAGAUUGUAUUCCCUGUGCAAAACCGUGAUGGAUGAAGGGCCGCAAGUGUUUGCACCUCUGUCUGAUGAAAACAAGAACAAGAAAUACCAGGAAGAGGUUCCAGUUUAUGUGGCCAAAUGGAUGCCUUUCAAAGAGCUGAUGAUCAUGCUGCAGGCUAGCCUGCAAGAGAUUGGAGAUCGGUGGGCAGAUGGAAAGGGGCCCCUGGCAACUGCAUUCUCUUCCAGCGAAGUAAAAGCUUUAAUCCGUGCCUUGUUCCAGAACACAGAAAGAAGAGCUGCUGCCCUUGCUAAGAUUAAAUAGUUCUCCCUCCCUGGGAAAGCCUCUCUUGACUCUGGUUCCUCCAUGGCUGUCAUUAUUUCCUUCAGAACUUCUCAGAAUCACUCAUUGGUUUUGGUGAACCAAUAUGUCGUGGAAGUGUGACUUCACAUCAGGACACCUGACAUGGCCUGGAUGAAGGCUUUCUCAACUGGAUAUUAGGACAUCACUUUAAGCAAUUCACUGGGUUCCGUGACUGUUGCUGCUCUCCCUUGCCAAGUAUGAAUCUGCUGGGCAGCAUGAUUUGUACCUCUGAGAGCUGUGUACAUUGUAAUUUUAGACCCUAGCUUUGGACAUUCCAAAGUUAGGGUUAAGAAUUUGUAAGAUACUUUUUUGGGGGGAGGGUGGGGAUUCGGGGCACAUUACUUGGCCUUACAAGAAUUAGGGAAACCUCUUAUAUUUCUUUCCAGUAAAUAAUGCCUUUCAGAGUUAAGAGUGAGUGUCUUCAAUAACAUGAGCUGUGGCCAAAGAGACCAACACCAUGUUUUCUUACAGGCUUUUCCUUUUCCUGAAGUCUGACUCAGGCGUGCCCUGUCUGAGCUAGGGUCUGGCUAGUUCUCUCCGACCUUGCAUUCUCAACCCUCCCUUGACUUCCCAGCUGUAAGCACCCACCACCAUGACUGCGCAUUGCCCCUCUUCAUAAGACUGCCUCAUGUUUUUGAGAAGAUUUGGCAUGUUUUGCUAUUGUGACGAAAUUCAAUUUUUUUUGGAUGGAUCCCUUCUCUUGCUGCCCCCAUACUCAAGUCCUGUUUUUUCUGUUUCCUGUCAAAUGUCAAAAAUUCUAAAUUGCCAGAAUUCCUUUGGAAUGUUAAUGUGGAUGAAAUCUAACACUAGGCUGUGUAGCCUAGUCCUUUAGUUGG